AUGACUUUGACUCCCAGCAAGCUAUUUUGUGGCUAUCAGCAAACUGAUGCUAAAAAUUUAUAUGGACUCUCUGGUCUUGUUAUUGGAAACAAGAUAAUGAAGGGGUCAUCAUCAUAUGGACAGUGUCGCAGUAAGAUUCACAGGUGCUGCUGCCGUGGCUCUAUGGUCUACCACCUUUGGAAGUCAGCCUGUGGUAAAUGUGGCUAUCCUGCCAAGUGCAAGAGAAAGUAUAACUGGAGUGCCAAGGCUAAAAACCGAAAUUCCACUGGAACCUGUCAGAUGAGGCACCUAAGAAUUGUAUUGUGCAGAUUCAGGCAUGGAGUCCGUGAAAGAACACCACCUCAGCCCAAGAGGGCAAUUAAUGCAGCAGGCAGUUCAUUUUAA